AUGUUGCCAUAUUUGGAUUUGGAUUCUGUGGCCAGCGAGGCGGAGACGGCAGCGAACGCCAUGUCGCGUGAGGAAUUAGAGAGUGCCGUGAAGGAACUGGAGACGGAGAACCUCAUGCUGAAGAGCGCCGUUCUCCGCGCCCGUGAGGAGUUGACAAAACAGCGGGAGGGUCUGCGGGAAACGUACGAGGCGGCGGAAAAGGAGGGCGAGAGUAUUGCAAAUCAUCUCACACGCCGUGUCAACGCCGUACGGGAGCAGAAGGCACGGCUAGAGACUCAGCUGCACAAGGAGGAGGCGAUGAAGGCGGAACAGGAGCAAAAGCUUCUUAAACUUAAACUGAGCAGCUCCAAAUUAUCAAAGUGCGUGCAACGUGAGGAGGAAGAGACCCUGACAGCGUUAACGAAUCGGCUGCAGCAGCUGCAAACUCAACGACAAAAUUUUGAGAAUCUUUUGUUAGAGCAGUCUUCUUCGCUGCAGCAAUUACAGGAGCUUGUGGAUAGUCUUCAAACUCAGACAAGAUGCAACGAGGGCCUUCGCGUGUCGCACGAGGGAUGCUCAGAGGCGGAUGGGGAUUCAAAUUCUGCUGCCGCAGAUGCCAUCGCGCCGGCUGAGCAGCACUCGUUUCGGAGCGAAACCGCUGAGCACGCGGAUCCGGCGAGCGACCCGCAGGAGAUGCUUCAGUAUCUGAAGCAUGAGGUCGCCUUUGUAGAGGGAUUACAACGUGAGGCUUUUGAGCGAGGGGAACGAUACAAGCUGAGGCGACAGGAGCUUGAGCAGCGAAUUUCACAUGCGGAAUGUGAGCGUCGCAGCAACCGACACUCCUUAGAAGGCAUCCAUCAGGAGCUGCUGGAGACAACAGCCACAGUGUCAGAGUUGGCGUCCGCGGCGGAGCUGGCGAUGGAGACUCAGAUUGAUCGACAAAUCCACGUCCGUGGUUGUACCGGCUCUUUCACCAGCGGCAGCCGUGAAUUCCAAACGUCCAGCCGCUUUAAAGAGUCACCUAAAGGGCCAGCCACGAAUUCCGCGCAGCUGCAGUCGAAUUCUCCCUCUUCAAAGAAGUAA